AUGACAACUUACAAAGGAGGCAAUUCUAUCCAAGAGCUGGAUGAACUGCCAUCCCAAGUACAAGUUGUUGACCCAUCAACAUUUGCAGCCAUGGCGGUAGUGCCACCAGAAAACAUUGCCAACGUUACCUCAAAAUUUAUUCCUCCCGGCUCUACAAUGGAGAGCUUAAAAGAACGGCCAUUUCACGUUUAUCACCCAGACUUCAUUCAUAUUUUGGGGUCAAAUCCGACUCUUACACUUAUUGCCGAUUCAGGCACCGACCCGCUAUUCCAUGAAGCCGUAGUAUGGUACCCUCCCACGGAUGAAGUUUUCUUUGCCCAGAGUGCCGGCCCUCUAGCAGCCGGGACGGGCUUGACGAAAUCCAGCCUGAUUUUAAAAGUAUCCCUGAACGAAGCCAUGGCCGUCUCCAGCGAGCGGAACGCCGUUGGUAAAGUCCAAGUUCACGUAGUUCCCACUGAGCCUCUUGUCGUUAAUCCCAACGGAGGGACAAACUACAAGGGCACUAUUUUGUUCACAGGUGAGGGAAUGGGUCCAGACGUUGCCCCAGCACUCUUCGCUGUCAAUCCAGUACCGCCUUACAACAGCACUAUCCUCGUCAAUAAUUACUUCGGCCGCCAGUUUAACUCUCUCAAUGACGUUGCGGUUAACUUCAAAAACAAACACAUUUACUUUACAGACACAGUAUAUGGCUAUCUGCAAGACUUUCGACCAAGACCUGGUCUUCCGAACCAAGUAUAUCGUUUAAACCCUGAUACAAGGGCUGUUACCGUUGUGGCAGACGAAUUUGUAAAUUGUAAUGGCAUCACGUUUUCUCCCGAGGGCCGCUAUGCCUAUAUCACAGACACAGGGGCUGGUAAGGCUUUCCGAGGUUACGAUAACGCUGGACCUUCAACAAUAUAUCGUUACACAGUAGCUAGAGAUGGAACGUUUAAACACCGAACGGUGUUUGCAUAUCCCGGAGUCGGCAUCGUGGACGGAAUUCACUGCGACUCUAAAGGCAAUGUUUAUGCAGGCUGUGGCGAUGGCGUUCACGUGUGGAAUCCCUCAGGAACUCUGCUGGGUAAGAUAUUUCUCGGCGAGACUUCAGCUAACUUCCAAUUCGCGGGUGAUGGUCGAAUGAUCAUCGGCGCUGAAACGCACUUGUAUUAUGCAACCUUGGCUGGAAAAGGAGCGCCAAUCUCAUAA